CAAGGGUUCAGGUUCUGCAGCAUUAUUCAUUUACUUGCGCAAUCUGAGUUGCCACUCCACAUACAAGACAUAUUCUUUCACAGCUUUCCAAGACGACAACAAGGCUUUAAGCUUAAUCAGGUUUACUAUUCACAGUCUGUGGCUUUCCAAGUCUUACAACAAACUAUGGAACAACAGGCCUUUAUAGAGUGGCACAGUGGUCUCUUCGACUGCUUUGAGGACGUGAAGACUUGUUGCUAUGGUUUCUGGUGCUGCCCUUGCCUUGCCUGCACCGUUUCAGGAGGAUUUGGAGAGAACACUUGUCUCCCAUUAUGUGACAUACUCAGCCCCGCCAUUAUGUCAGCCUGUGGGAUACCACUGUUUAUUCCUCCUGCAGCCCUGUCUCUAAGAAGUGCUGUGCGAAACAGAUAUGGUAUCAAGGGUUCUCUCUGUAAGGACAUGGCAGUUUCCUGUUUCUGUGAGUGGUGCUCCUGGUGUCAGAUGCAUCGCGAGUUAAGGCAUCGCAAGAAAACUCCCACUGUCAUCAAUGUUCAGAAUCAAACCUUUGUCAACAUGCAGCCUGCUCCAGCGGUGAUGGUUAACCAACCCCAACCAGGUUUCAUAGGCCAACCAGGCUUCCCAAUGGUUGCACAUCCAAAUAUGUAAUCAUUUUGAAAUGCGUCCCCUUGGCAUCCGAGUAUGCUGAAUGACUUUCAGCUUUUUAAUAAUCAAAAGAAUCAUGGUCUUUACAGAAGUACUUAAUGAUACUCUGUUUCAGUAUUUUUAAAUCUCUUCCUUUGUUUCUGGAAGGUUUGCUUUUACAAUUCAGACCUAUCCAUGUCUCUUAAAAUCAAACAAAUUCAUUGCCUAAACGGAUAAUAAAGCAGAGCUUGAUAUUAUUUUGGUUUUGUUGAUGACAAAAACUGAGACUUGUAGCACUAGAUUUAUGUUUGUUUCUUGUCAAUCUGUACCUGGACAACUUUUAGCAAUCUCUUUAGUUUUAAAUUAAUUUAUAUUGAUAUCUGGUGUUGGAGAAAGAGCUUGUCCUGUUCUUGGUCACAAGAGACAUACAUGCUUGCCACUGUGUCAAAGUCUUCUGGGGUUGAAAAUGAAAUCUUGUUUAUUAAAAGUCCAUGAUUUGAAAGCCAA